CGGGCCGGGCGGCCGGGGAGCCGGGCGCCGGGCGGGAGGACGAUCCGGCAGUCCGGGGCGCUCGCGGACGGCGCUCGCUCGCUCGGCGCGCCGCAAACUUCACUGUGCCGGGACCGGGACUCGCGACGCGCGGCUAGUGUGUGCACGAUCGCUUGCAGUGAAGUGUUGUGAAACUUUGCCAUUUGGACUUUUAUUAACUUACUGAUAACAAUCAAUUGACAGUGUUUACUGGUUCGUGUGCUAGUGAUGUGAUCGUGGACAAAGUGCCGUGAUCGUGAUGUGACGUGGCGGGGUCCACGACGACGACACGGCGCCGGCACGACGCGGACACGACUCUGAGACGACAUGGCCGACGACAACACGAUCAUCGAAGGCACGGUCAAGUUCCGUGACGGGAAAAAGUGGAAGUCGCGAUGGUGCGUCAUGAGGAAGCUGUCACCGGUUGCAGACUGCGUGCACCUGCAGCUGUACCGCGACUCGAAGGCGCGCUGGGGCGGCGCGGGCACGAAGGCGUCGCUGUCGCUGCAGCAGUACCUCGGCUGCGAGAGCGGCUUCACGCUCGACAAGCACUCCAACACGCUCGCGCUCGUGUGCCGCGACCUCGUCGCCAUCCUGGCCUUUGAGACCCGCGAGCGGCUCAUCCAGUGGCAGGUGAAAGUGAGCUCGCACUUGGGCGAGCCGCGGCACUACUUGGUGCUGGUAGGCAGCGGCGGCGGCGGCGGGUCCGGCGGCGGUGGCGGCGGCGGCAAGCGCGUGCCCGCCGGCCCCGCGCGCCUGCACCUGCACGAGCGCCGCUUCGCGCUCACCGCCGGCGUGCCACCGCGGCUGCUCGGCGUUUGGGAGCUGCAGCACCUCAGGCGUUAUGGCGUGGUCGAAGGCAGAUUUUGCUUCGAAGGCGGCUCACAUUGCGGGAAAGGUGAAGGAUUACACGUCCUUAUCACCGAUCAAGCCAAGGAGCUGGCGCACGACUUUGACCUGGCUUCCCAGGGUCGCUUGUCACCGAAAAGGCGACCACUGAAUUCUAAGAGGAAUGAAGGAGGAGACAGUCCGAAGUCACAUAAGGCGUAUCGACCUGACACGCGACUAUCUGAGUUGAACACCAUCGAUCAUUCACUGCCUCCGAUGGACCUUCGUCUGUACGAAGAUCCUUGUACCGGGGAGGAGGCUGGUGCCAUAUCUCCGUAUUGGCCAUCGGCUGAAAGAACUAAUUUCCAAGACCUAGGCUUAGCAGACACAGCUUCAGUCAACGAAACUAUGGAAGGAACCGAUACAAAUGCGUGGAAUGGAAACAGCAAUGUAACGCUAGAGCGGUGCAUGAGCUGCAUAUCGAAGUUAGGCGCAUUGUCGAGGUCUUCCACCGCAGCCCUCACGCCAGGUGCAAAGCACUUCAACCCUGCGUGGACUAUGGAAGCAGUUAAUGAAAAUACACAAGAAUCUCUCCCUCAAGAAAAUACUCAAAGUUGUGACAUUAUUUCUAGUAAAACUAAUAAGACUGAAGAAUUAUGCCGCUGUACGGAUCGACCCCCGGAUAGGCCCCCCAAGCCCACUAGAUUAGAGCUGAACCUUGUCCAUAAGCCCCCGAUGCCACUCCCCUCCCAAACCUGCAGCUGCGUGCACGUGGCAACGAUAGAAGAAAAUAAUUCUAAAGUAGGUCCUUAUGAAAAUUAUGAUGUUCCAAAACUCCCAUCGACAGAGGUUGAAGGAGAAUACUACGAUACUCCAAAAAGGCUUAAGGAAUGUCUAAAUAAUGAUUUAUUUAGGAUCACAAAAAGUACUACUUCAAAUACCCUCAUAUUAAAAAAGCCUUGCGGAUGUUUGCUGAAAUUUGGAAAGAGGCCAAAAGAGCCCACGAUCAUUGAUACUGACGAAAACUUCCAGCCAGCUAAUUGCGCCUGUCAGCGAGUAACGGAUUGGGCCAAUAACUGGAUAAAAUUGCCGUAUUGUAGGAAAAAUACUGUGUCAAGUGACAACUUGGUGCCAAACAAGGAAAACAUGAUGCCAAAUACUAGUAGUGAUCGUAGUGCAUUAUACGCUACAAUUGAUGUGUCUCGUAAGACAAGAAGAAAAUCACGUGAUUGUCAGAUUGACAACGUCCCGCAUUGCCAGAUCAGUCGAAGCCAUGAUUCGAAGACUGUUGAAGUCGAUGAAGGACCACUGGCUAAUUAUGAAAAUCUUAAUUUCGCUUUAUCUUUAGAACAUUAUGAGAAUGCAAAAGAUUUGUUGAAGAAAGCCGGAGUUACACAGUCAGAGCUAGAUGCAAUUACGGCCAAUCUAAAACCGGCUUCUUUCACAAAUGCAGAUGGAAAGCCAACAUGCACUAAAUGUGGCCAUCUUCAGGCCAAAAACGAUAAAAAGGAAUCUACAAGUUGUAGUACGAGCGAUGACUACUUAAUGAUGGAACCAAACACAAUUGAGAGUAAUAAAUUUGAACAAAAUAAAUCUCUCCCAGCAGGCUAUACUCCAAUGUCUCCUAUAGGCGGAUUUGCAUUUCACACUUUGAAACAUCCAACCAAGAGUCCAAUUAAUAGAUUACUAGAAGAAAAAUCAGCUAGCAAUCCAACUCUUUGUGGGCCAGAAGAAGUUCGACAAACGGCUGGUGAUACUCAAUCAAGCUCUGAAGCGCCCCGCGAACGCAUCGAGAGAAUAGAGUACAGAAAGCGAUCAUGUUCUGCGGAUUCAUCCAGAUUUCUUGAAGACGUUAAAGAAUUUGAAGAUAGCGUUGGUAGUCGUGGGUCCACGUCUUCAAUUGAAACACUUCGAAAUAUUGCUCUUGAUGGUGACCGCACUUCAACUCCUUGCGACUGUGCCGCAGAUAAUAAGCAUUCAGACGCAGACAGCUCCGAAGCGUCAAAGGGCGCCAGAGGUCGAGGAUUGCCGCCGACAAAACGGUCGUCUUCAGUACCGGGUAAAGCAGGAGGAAAUAGGGAUUCAUCCAGUUCAAAUGAUUCUGGAGUUUCAAGUUGUUCGUUGAGGCCCGGAGCCGAUAUAGCGGAAUUCGAGCUUCCCCUGACGACUGCAGCGACUCGGCGGCAUUACCGCAGCGCGAGACGAGCUGCUGCGUGCAUCCACACCUCGCUACCUCGACGCUCUAAGUCUACAGAUCCACUGAGAGAUUUCGCUACCUUGCAGAGAAUACGAGUGCCCGCCAAAUCUUCUUCAGCAGAAGCUGAAGUGCCAGUCUUGUCUGUCAAGCCUUUAAGAGGAAUAAUGGACACACAUAGCACAUCAAGUGGUACCUCCGAUAUGUCUGAUUACAUAGAGACCUUAUCUAUCUGUUCGUCACAUUCAUCUUCGGAUACUCCAAUCACCAUGCGGGUGGUGCGGCAAACGACUAGUACGCUUCGGCCGCGAUCUGGCAAAGAAUACCAGAACUUGGACCCUCGACUCACUUCAGUGUACCGCGCGGCGAACUCCUCACAUCUCUACACCAAUCUGCCCUAAAAGCAGUUACUAAACUUAUUACAUUGUAUUUUAUUAUAGUGCAGGAAUUUCUUGAUUCUCGGAAUACUUGGACUAUCUUCAAUAUGAGCACUAAGAUCUGCCUAAUAAUUAUUGUUUCGUCUAUUGUGUGUGAUCCGUCCAUCAGCUGUCUCAGAUAGUGAAAUGAUUGUGAGAGACAGAAUUCAUUGAAAUAUUAAAUUGUUGUUUUCACUUAAAUAAAAAGCGAUAGCACCUGUAUCUUUAAAUUCCCAAGAAUUAAAAAUUGUAUAUUAUAACUAAACAAACUGAUAACACUUGUUACCACAAUAUUUAUGAUUUACUUUAAUAUUCAUCCAAAUACGAGCACCCACUGAGAAUAGUUAAACAUGAUAGGGAAAACUAAACGAAUUACAUGACAGGUGAAAUAAAUAAUUGAUAACAAUUUCUAUUGCAUUUAUGAUACUCAACAAUACUAGCCUAAGAUGCUGCCAAAUAUUGUCUUAUUUCUAGUCAUUUGUAACGAAUAAACUGAAGUGUAAAUAUUGUAACUUGCGGACUGGUCAGU